GUGGAGCAAGGAGAGAUGGUUGGUGUGGGAAAAGAGGGGGAAAGGGAGGUGGUGGAGCAGAGGGAAGAGGAUGGCAAGAAGGGGGAGAAGGUGGAAGGGAAAGAAGAAAAGGAGAAGGAGGAGGAAGUUGCCAAGCAGGAAGUGGAGGAAGAGGAAACAGCCAAGCAGAAAGUGGCCAAGCAGGAAGUGGGGAAAGAAGAAACAGCCAAGCAGGAAAUGGAGGAAGUGGAAACGGCCAAGCAGGAAAUGGAGGAAGUGGAAUCGGCCAAGCAGGAAGUGGAGGAAGAGGAAACAGCCAAGCAGGAAGUGGGGAAAGAGGAGACAGUCAAGCAGGAAAUGGAGGAAGUGGAAACGGCCAAGCAGGAAGUGGAGCAAGAGGAAAUGGCCAAGCAGGAAGUGGCCAAGCAGGAAGUGCCAAGCAGGAAGUGGGGAAAAGAGGAAACAGUCAAGCAGGAAAUGGAGGAAGUGGAAACGGCCAAGCAGGAAGUGGAAACAGCCAAACAGGAAGUGGAGGAAGAGGAAACGGCCGAGCAGGAAAUGGAGGAGGUGGAAACGGCCAAGCAGGACAAGGAGGAAAAUGAGGAAGAGGAAGUGGACAAGGAUAUGGAUGGAAAGUAUUUUGAUGAUGAGAGUGACGAGAGUUCCGAUAUCCUGCAUCAUCCUGCCCUGUUAAAGGGUAAACUGGACACCACCAUUCCUACAAUAGAGGGAGAAGAUACGCUGAAAACCAUUGAAGGCAAACGGUCGUGUUUCCCAAAACCAUAUGAUUUCCUUCCUCCAUUCUCUCAGUUGACACACCUCAGUCUCGCAAAUAAUAAGAUAUGUGACGACGAGGAGUUGUUGGCUGUCUGUCUCUUCCCGGCGUUGACCAAGCUGACCAUCUACAAUAACCCAAUCACCCUCAAUGCCGGGAAGAAACCACAGCUGGUGAUUGCAAUGCUGAAGGAGAGGCUGGGGAUGGAGGUGGUGACCACCAAGCCACAGCCGGCAGCUCGCCCACCGCCCCUCAACGUCUUCAAUCCCAAACGCAAGAUCGACACUCACAUUCCAAAGAUCCCCAAAAAGCCGCUGAUGCUGGAAACAGCCAGGCGGCUCCUGGGCCUGGAAUGUGCCGAGUCUGGGUGUGGAGGGGCCCAGCGUGGACAAGCCGGGGCCAGGGCUGGAGCUGCGGGCCUGGCAGGCCAUGCCGUCACAGAACCAGUGUCAGCCCCACAGGCCAGCGGCAAGACAGAGGGCAGCGUUCCUGACCCCACCAUCACCCCAGAGAAGCAUCAGGGAGAGGCCACGGCGGAGGAAGGGCCUGUGGAAGGAUUCUUCAUGACCCAGGUUGAAGAUGCAGCAAUGACCACAGAAGACAUGGCGGUCUUGGAGGAGACGCAAACCGAGGUUCCCUCGGUGGCAACAGAUGUCCCCGAGAAGUACAGAGGCUAUGAGGAACUCUUGGAUGCGACAACGGACCCCUACUUUGUGGAUCCAGUCGGAAUUCAGCAGAACGUUCAGCAGCUGGAGUGGCGGCUUCGCAAGUUGCAACUCUACCCUGACCCCUGCGCCAGAGUCAACCUCUCGCAGCAACACUUCCAGCCCAAGCACAGGAAGCCUCAGAAACCUCCAGAACGUACGUGCCACAGAAGCAAAGCUGAGCAAAUGGAGGAGAUACUGAGAACGAUGAGGGAGCAGAGAGCACUGACCGUCAUCCCACUAGCUCGGGUCCUGCGGGUGAAGGAUGCCAGCAGCCAGGAGUACCGGGAGGCAGCAGCUCUACUGCGGGUCAUGCAACAGAAGUACAGCCAGAUGCGGCGUAGGCUGACGGCCAACUUCACCAAGCUCCACGACGAGUGCGUGCAGCUGAAGGGGAAGAUGCCAGAGGCCGAGCGGCCUCCCCACAGCUUCACCAGCCUGGAGGAACCCAGCUGCAGCAGCCUGGACUAGGGCCACCUUGCUGGGACCCAUUCCUACGAACCUUGCCCACUGCACCGGCAAGCACCUAGUCUGAAAACCAACCCAAUUGAAGGAAAGUUUUGACGAUAAAUGUUACCGUAACUUUGCCUCGCUGUUCCAGCUUCCUUCUUCACCAUUCUGCAGAUUGGUCAACUGUUUGCUGACGCUGGUUCAAACCAAAGAUGGACACAAAAAGAUGGGAGUAACUCAGCGGGACAAGCAGCAUCUCUGGAGAGAAGGAGUGGGUGAUGUUUCCGGUCGACAAAAGACAAUAAGUGCAGGAGUAGGCCAUUCGAGUCAGCUCCGCCAUUCAAUGUGAACAUGGCUGAUCAUCCCCAAUCCUGCCUUCUCCCCAUAUCCCCUGACUCCGCUAUCUUUAAGAGCCCUAUCUAGCUCUCUCUUGAAAGCAUCCACCGCCCUCUGAGGCAGAAAAUUCCACAGACUCACAACUCAAAAAAGAAGGGUCUCGACCCGAAACGUCACCCAUUCCGUCUCUCCAGAGAUGUUGCCUGUCCCGCUGAGUUACUCCAGAUUUGUGGGCAUUGUCCCCACAGUUGGGUGGUCAGAGUUGGGAAGGAAUGGUUUCCCGGAAGUCACUGUGUAGAAGCAGGUCUUGGCUGGCCAUGGACACUCGCUGCUGAAUCUCACCUUCCCAAUGGCUACGUCUGAUCAGUUUCACCCCCAAGUAGAAACAAGGAUCUCUGGUUGCAGGUUUACACAAAAAAAAGUGCUGGAGUACCUCAGUGGGUCAGGCAGCAUCUCUGGAGGAGGUGGAUAGGUGACAUUUCAGGUUGUGUCCAUUCAGACUAACCAUUUUAUCCACAGAAUUCUGAAGGGUCCCGACCCAAAAUGUCACCUAGCCAUAGUCAUACAGCAUGGAAACAGGCCCUUUGGCCUAACUUGUCCCAGCUACACUAGUCCCACCUGCCAGCGUUUGGCCCACAUCCCUCCAAACCUGUCCUAUCCAUGUACCUGUCUAAACGUUGUGAUAGUACCUGCCUCAACUACCUCCUCCGGCAUCUUGUUCCAUACACCCACCAUUCUCUGUGUGAAAAAGUUACCCCUCAGGUGCCCAUUAAAUCCCCCCCCCCCACACCCACCUUAAACCUAUGGGCUCUGGUUCUCCGUUCUGAAUUCUCCAUGUUCUCCAGAGAUGCUGCCUGACCCGCCGAGUUACUCCAACACUUGGACUCUCUGUUGAAUCAGGAUCUCGGCGUAUUGAGAUUGGAGCAGCGACUAUUCAGAAGGUGCUGGUGGGAUAAAAGCUCACAGUCUCACCCUGACUGGCAAACUCCAGCAACCAGAAACAAUAGACAAUAGUCAACAGACAAUAGGUGCAGGAGUAGGCCAUUCGGCCCUUUGAGCCAGCACCGCCAUUCAAUGUGAUUAUGGUUGAUCAUCCCCAAUCAGUACCCCAUUCCUGCCUUCUCCCCAUAGCCCCUGACUCCGCUAUUUUUAAGAGCCCUAUCCAGCUCUCUCUUGAAAGCAUCCAGAGAACCGGCCUCCACCGCCCUCUGAGGCAGAGAAUUCCAUAGACACACAAUUCUCUGUGAGAAAAAGUGUUUCCUUGUCUCCGUUCUAAAUGGCUUACUCCUUAUUCUUAAACUGUGGCUCCUGGUUCUGGACUCCCCCAACAUUGGGAACAUGUUUCCUGCCUCUAGCGUGUCCAAAUCCUUAACAAUCUUAUAUGUUUCAAUGAGAUGCCCUCUCAUCCUUCUAAACUCGAGUGUACAAGCCCAGCCGCUCCAGUCUCUCUGCAUAUGACAGUCCCGCCAUCCCGGGAAUUAACCUUGUAAACCUACGCUGCACUCCCUCAAUAGCAAGAAUGCCCUUCCUCAAAUUAGGUGACCAAAACUGCACACAAUACUCCAGGUGUGGUCUCACUAGGGCUCUGUACAACUGCAGAAGGACCUAUUUGCUUCUAUAUUCCAUUCCUCUUGUAGAAACAAGCAACUGCAGAUACUGGCUUAUACCAAAGACAGACACAAAAGUGCUGGAGUAACUCAGCAGGUCAGGUAGCAUUGCUGGCGAAAAAAGAAUGUGUAAGUUUGUACGUUUUGACCUGAAACGUCACCCAUCCUUUUUCUCCAGAGAUGCGGCCUGUCCCGCUGAGUUACUCCAGCAUUUUGUGUCUAUCAUCAUCAUAGUUCUGGCACCUUCAACACCUGCGGUUGCCUUGCCCUUAGCAGCUUUGCAUUUCUUAAGCACCUGUCACAUCCUCGGGAAUUAAUAAAAAAUAAACUUGCGAGACUUUUAAAGUGCAGUUAGUUUAUGUAGGCAAUGUAGCAAUCCUUCACAGCAGAAUAUUAAAUUUGAUUUAAUCUGUAUUGGGGAGGCAGUCAAAAGGAACCCAUGAAAGGAACUCCUUGGUCCUUUGAAGAACAGAACCUGUGAAAUAGGUUGAAAAGUAGAAAC